AUGGCUCUGAAGGCUUCUCCAGUUGCCGGAUUAUUCCCUCCUCUCCGGCCUACCGCCUCUUCGUCCCCUUCGACUUCUAAUCGCCCUUCUUCCCUCAGGGUUCUUCCCCUCAGACCUUCCUUCUUCGGAAACUCCGGUGGAGCUCUGAGAGUCAAUGAGCUGAGAUUAGCUUGUGCAAAUAGACUCAAGUGCAAUGGUCAUGGCGUGGGAGGCUCUGGUGCUACCAUGAAUCUUUUUGAACGGUUUUCUAGAGUGGUCAAGUCAUAUGCAAAUGCGCUUAUAAGCUCCUUCGAAGACCCGGAGAAAAUCCUGGAGCAAACUGUCAUUGAAAUGAAUAGUGACUUGACAAAGAUGCGCCAAGCCACUGCACAGGUUUUAGCAUCACAAAAGCAGUUGGAGAACAAAUAUAAAGCUUCACAGCAAUCUACUGAAGAUUGGUACAAAAGGGCACAACUUGCUCUUGCAAAAGGAGAUGAGGAUCUUGCACGUGAAGCUCUUAAGCGACGAAAGUCUUUUGCUGACAACGCUAGCGCUCUGAAAACUCAACUAGAUCAGCAAAAAGGUGUUGUCGACAAUCUUGUUUCAAAUACAAGGCUCUUGGAGAGCAAGAUACAAGAGGCGAAAGCAAAGAAAGAUACACUCCUUGCACGUGCUCGCACUGCUAAGACUGCAACCAAAGUGCAAGAGAUGAUAGGGACAGUGAAUACAAGCGGUGCUCUUUCAGCUUUUGAGAAAAUGGAGGAGAAAGUGAUGGCUAUGGAGUCUGAAGCAGAUGCACUCACUCAGAUUGGAACUGAUGAACUUGAGGGCAAGUUUCAAAUGCUUGAAACUUCAUCUGUGGAUGAUGAUCUCGCAAACUUGAAGAAAGAGUUGUCCGGAAGCUCAAAGAAAGGAGAGCUUCCUCCAGGGAGAAGCACAGUAGCAGCAAGCACGAGAUACCCUUUCAAGGACUCGGAGAUCGAGAGCGAGCUAAAUGAACUACGAAGGAAAGCUAACGAGUUUUAG